AUGGCUAAUUACUUUCUUCGUCUAUUUUCCUGCAUUUCGCUCGUCCCAUCUCGAGCACCGUUAUUCACAAUGAUCACGUCACGCAGAGGUAGUAUCAAUUUUUCCAACUUAUUACCCACAAACACGAAGAUCAUGGAAUUCACUCAAAAUGUCUAUCGAAAUCCCACAAUCAGGAGCGACAUAAUCAUCGGCGUAAUCGACACCGGGCUUUGGCCCGAUUCCAUUAGUUUAAACAGCGGGGGCCUCGGCCCCCCUCCCAAGAAAUGGAAAGGAUCUUGCAAAGGUGGCAAAAGCUUCACCUGCAACAAGUGGAAGAACGCUUUCGGAGAUAUUUAA